GCCGGUUUACCAUAGGACUGUCUUAGAAGAAAGGGAGGUGCGAUUUUGAAUAUGGCUCAUCUCGAAAUCUCGGAUUCGAGGUGUCGGACAAUAAGACUGGAAUCAUCUGUGGCUAUGACGGACACAAUGGUUAGUGGUACUGAGAGGGAGAAUCUCGAGAUGGCCAUUCAAGCUGCUAGAAUAGCGGUUAACAAAACGCCAAAACGACACACAGAUCGAGCCCAACGCUUGACCGAACUUGGGAUUCUUCUAGCCAAUCAAUAUUCUACGACGGACGCUAUGCCUGACCUCGAAGAGGUCAUUCAAGUAAAAAGUCAAUCUAUUGACAUAACUCCUAAGGCACUACGUCAAGCUAUACAUUUGAGCGACCUGGCCAGUCUACUGAAGCACCGAUAUAUCCUCACGGGGAAAAUAUUCGAUCUCGAUGAAGCCAUCGAAUUAGAAAGAAGUGCUCUCGAUAUUACUCUGAAUGGUUUCGAUCAAGUUGUAAUUUUGGAAGAGCUGGAAGAUAUGCUUCACUUGCGGUACAAGAGAGCAUUACUACUAGUAGAUAUUGAGGGAGCUAUGCAAGCUAGCAAAAGAGUGGAUCCUAGUUUCAAAGAUCCCGAUCAAGUCACACAUGUUGAUGAAGUGAUAGAUCAGCAGAGUGAUCUCAGGAACCAAGUGAUGGUGGACCUUGAGGAACUCAUUCAAGUGUCUAGGUUAGCAGUUAGUUUAUUUCCAAAUGACUCGGCGGUUCGGUCAGACUGGUUGAAUGCUCUGGGCGCUCGAUAUUACGAUCGCUACUGCGAAACAGAUGCCAUGGACGAUCUUGAAGAAGCUAUUCGAUCUGCUAGACAAGCACUCGAUUUAGUGCUCGAUGGCACGACUCCUGUCUCUCUGCUAAGAAACCUGUCAAUUUUUCUUGGCAAGCGUAACCUCAAGACAAAAGCGAGAGCCGAUAUCGAAGAGGCUGUUCAAUUAGCAAGACAAGCUUUAGUCGAUACAACUAGCAACGACUCAGACCGAGCCACAAAUCUUGUUACCCGAGCUGUUCAACUUUCCCGUCGGCACCAGAUAUCGGGGAACAUGGCCGAGCUUGACGAGGCCAUUGAGGCUAGGACGCAAGCAAUUAAAAUGAUUCCAGAUGGCGACCAGCGAAAGGUUGAAUAUUUACCGGAUCUUGGGGCACUGUACUAUCGUAAAUACGGCAUCACGCGAACAAGGAGCUUUCUGGAUGAAUCAAUUGCCAUCAGCAAGAAGGCAGCCAACGCGAUGUCGGAAGAUGAUCCAGAUCGAGCAAAAGCUCUAAGUAAUAUUUCAUACGGCCUGUUACAAAAGUACAAGAGCACAAACGUUUUGACGGACCUGGAGGAGGCCAUCAAUCUUGGGCGGGAAGCUACGGAUGCAACGCCCAAUGGGUGCCUAAAUUGGGAAAUUAUUUUGGAGAGGCUUGGAAUCGGAUUGUACCAACGCUAUCUGAGAGUAGGUACAAUGACAGAUCUUGAGGAAGCCAUUCGACUUGGGAGACAAGCCAUGACAUUGGUGCAGAAGAAUCACCCGAACAAAGCACGGUAUUUGAGCAACCUCGCAUUUGAACUGAAUAGUACAGGAUCAUUGGUUGACCUCGACGAAGCUGUCCAGCUUGGACGACAAGCUAUCGAUAUAACGCGAAAAGGUCAUUCAGACCUACCAUGGCAUCUAUGUUGUCUGGCAAUGGGGCUCCUCCAACGAUUCUGGAAGAUAGAGCGCCCGGGCGAUCUUGAGGAGGCCGUCAGUCUUGGCCAACGAGCUGUAGACACAGCGACAAUUGACCAUGAAGGACGGCCAUUCUAUCUAGUGGUGCUUGCAAAAGCACUUCACAGCCGGUAUUGGGCAACCGGAAGACUGCCUGAUCUCUACGAAUGCAUCAAUCUUGGCCUUCAAGCUUUCAAUGGCACACCGAAGAACCAUCCAGACCGUGCGGCUCGACUUGAAAGGCUGGGAUCACUCAAAAGGGACAGAUUUGUAGCUUUCGGAAAUAUGGCCGAUAUUGAAACAGCAAUCCAGCUAUUCCAAGAAGCUGCCGACAUCACAGAUCGGAAUUCUCCAAUCCAGGCUGACUAUCUUAAGAGCCUGGGAGCCGCCCAUCACGCCAAGUAUGACAUCACAAAAAACCUAGUCAAUCUUGAAGUUGCUUUGCAGGUGUAUCAAGAUGCAGUCGAUAUAUGUCUGGAUGAUCGCCUCUUGGCCGCGACCCUGGGUUGCCUGGGGCAGGCAUACCUUGAGAAGUAUGAAAUAAUGGAAGCAAAAACAGAUUUCGAAGGAGCAAUUCAAAGCUUCCAGAUUGCCCUGGAUUCUGAAUCGCAAGACUCACCAGGCAGGGCAAUGCGACUCGCGGACCUGGCACUCUGCUACAUGAAGGGGUACAUAAAAGUUGGCACAACGACAUAUAUAAACAUGGCAGCUCGGCUCUUUCAGGAUGCUGCUAAUGCGACGCCGGCGGACCACCCAGAUCAUAUCUCAAUGUUCUCUGUCCUCGCAUACUGCUAUGAAGUGAAAUACAACACAACAAAGUCCAACUCGGAUCUUGAGGCGGCAAUUGCAUCCUAUAGUGAAGCCUUCUGGGACUCCCCUGGGGCCACUAUCGGACAAAGUUUAGAUGUUGCUAAAAAGCUCGUGUCAACAUUGAUACUCGGCAAGAAUUGGCACGAGGCUUGGUGUAUUGUCUGCGAAGCCAUACCAAUGAUUCGAGGGAUGACACCGCGGUUUCUUGAGAAUUCGGAGAGACAAGCCUUACUUUCACAACAUUCCGGCUUCGCAUCGGAUGCUGCAGCUGUAACGUUAAGCGUUGGACGUGAGCCUAUUGAAGCGAUCCAGCAUCUUGAAGAAGGCCGUAAAUUUCUGAGCCUCCGUGAUCAAUUAGAGACUCCCUUGGGAGGCCGCAUGACAUCAACCGAGCUCUAUGAGGAAGGCGAAUCCGCUCUACACAAAUUGACUCGUCACCUAGAUGCAAGCAGAAAACUUGACUCACUGAUUUCGGAUUUUCGAGCAAAAACCAGAAGUCUGAUAUUCCCUGUAGCACCAGAUGAAAUCGACUACAGUCGUGCUACAAAAGGUGGUCCUAUCGUUGUUAUCAAUGUUAGCUACCGCUGUGAUGCAUUUCUUUUCGUUGGAGAGGAGCUACGCGUCUUGCCGUUACCUACCAUCUCGAGAGAAGGGAUUGAGAAGAGGGCUAGAGAAGGCAAUUUUGGGCGUCGCAGCGUUCUAGAAUGGCUUUGGGAAAAUAUUACUGGUCCGAUUCUAGACGCACUUGGAUUUACUGAACCUCCGCUCCAUGAUCGCUGGCCACAUGUGUGGUGGAUUCCUACUGGACCCCUAAGCAGGUUUCCACUCCAUGCAGCAGGUCGGCAUACUGAAACGUCUAAUGAAACUGUGAUUGACAGAGUUAUGUCUUCAUAUAGUCCUUCUAUCAGAUCUGUGUUGCAAGGUUACGGGCUUCGCCACCAGGAAUCGACUUCCGCCAGCAAACAGGUCUUAAUUGUUGCGAUGGAGGAUACACCAGGUAGCAAAUCUCUCCCUUUCGCCACCGAAGAGGCAGCGGUAAUACGGGAAGUUUUUUGCAAGUCGACGUCAUUUGAGCUUAUAGAGCCAGAUCGACGCAAAGAAGACGUCCUAUUACACCUGCGAGACUGCUAUAUCUUUCACUUUGCUGGCCAUGGUUAUACAGAUGUCAAAGAUCCUUCCCAAAGCCAUUUACGUCUCGAGAACUGGAAAGACAAUCCACUUAGAGUGGCCGACUUGCUAGAGAUCAACCUUUGCGAACGCCCCCCCUUUCUUGCUUAUCUGUCAGCUUGUGGAACCGGUCGAAUUGAAGGGAAAGAAUACCUUGACGAAAGUAUUCAUCUGAUUACAGCAUGUCAAUUAGCGGGCUUUCGACAUGUUAUUGGUACUUUAUGGGAGGUUAGGGACGAGAUCUGCGUGGACAUAACGAAAAUUACAUAUGAAGGCAUAAGAGAUGGAGACAUGACAGAUGAAUCAGUUUGUCGUGGACUUCAUAAUGCUACCCGGCAGCUUCGAGAUCGUUGGCUUAGUACGCCAGAAAAUAAGUUCUUGGGGGAGCAUGAUUCGGGUGGCCGGAGCGUAAAUUAUAGCGAUCCAAAAGAUGAUAGAUUGUUGAGAGAUAUUAUUUCAUGCGACGAGGAGGAGGCGGAAUUAUUGCAUUGGGUUCCUUAUGUUCAUUUCGGGGUAUAGCUUUUAUUAUUUAGAGGGGUUAAUUCGGAAUCUAUUCGAUAGCGAGGUAUUAAAACCCUUUAUUAUUCUC